AUGCCUCAGCUUCGAUCACAUCAUGAUCUUCUUCUCGCCGCCGUCUUCAGCUCAUGUCUAACCCUGCCGCCUCUCACCGCAAACGCGCAGUCUAUUUCUACAAGCACUCCCGUCCCUCCACUCCAGUGGAUCAACCUCACACCACAGCUCCAGGGGUCAUCACCUCCACCGCUCAAGGAUGUCUCCAUCGGCUAUGACGAUACAAGCAGGAACCUUCUAAUCUUUGGUGGGGAGUCCCAGACAGGCGUGCCUCAGGACGGAACGCACCUUCUCAAUCUGAACACUCUCACCUGGGCAACGCCCAAUCCUCCCUCUGGAUUCGAAGGUUCUCCGGAUCCCAGAAGUGCUGCCAUCGGUGGCCUUGACUCGGCUGCCAGCUACCGCAACGGUCACGUUGUCAUUGGAGGACGAGGAUCGAGUGGCCCUCUCUCCGACGUUUGGGAAUAUGACUACAAUAAUCAGUUUUGGGCGAAAGUCAACGUUCCCGCAGGAGGACCUGCCCGCUGGGGUGCAGCCGGUGGAAUCGAUCUUCGUGUUGGCUUCAACACAUCCACACCUAUUCCAAACAACACCUUCUUUCUUGCAGGUGGUGUCGAUAGCUCUGGCCCUGUGGCGAUCUCGGACACUUGGAAGCUCGAGCUCACGGGGACCCUAUCGUCUAACUUGCGCAACGCGCUUGAUGCUACUUGGGUGCAACAGCCGAUAGAUACUUCAUUGCCUGCGAUGUCCGGUGUGGGAGGUGCUGUCAUCUCCCAGCAGGUCAUCGCAGUCGGCGGAUGCACUCAGACGACUAACGUUUCAGCAUCGUGUGCUCAGCAGAGUUCGUAUGUACUAAAUAUUCCCAAAGGGUCAUCCAUCACCCCAGCCACAUGUAUCGCACCCCGCGUAGGCCCGGCCGUAGCCCCGAACGAGAACAGAGCCUUGUCAAAUUUUGGGUCUCAAGUCUUUGUUGUUCUCGGACUGUUCGAUUCUUCCAAGUGGAAUGAUAACGGAGGCCUUCAAAAGGGCGAAGUGGAUGUCUUGGAUAUGAAUGGGGGCUCGUGGGCCCGAAUAUUACCCGCUGGGGACCCAGGCACAGAUGGUACAGUCACGUACCCAUCGCCGCGAGAGGGUGCUGCUGCCUUUUCUUUUUCAAUCGGUCUUGUCGGUUCAUCUCGCAAUAGCUAUUCUGACACUCUUGUGUUUGGUGGUCGUGAUGCCUCUGGAACUUACCAGAAUGAGCUCUGGCUCUUGCGGGCUUACAACGGCUCGGUCACAUCGUCGGGCCAGAAAUGGUCGGGUUUCAGCGAUGGAAAAUUGCAGACCGGUAUCAACGCCAAUGGCGCUGGCGUGACCCGGAACUUCUUCUGCCAAGCCCUCUGGCACGACGUCCCCGACUUCUCCCUCUGGGACAUCGCCGCUGACACCGUCUCUAGUUCAGUAUGA